UUGCCUUUGACAGUCUGCCUUGCUAGCUGUCGAGCACUGCUACUCUCUAGCUUCUCACAAUUGUUCUGGGUGAUUUUUUUUUAGCUCGGGGACAUCUAGCGGACAUCAAGACCGCGCGGACAAACCAGGUGCAGCAAAAUGUCGAAAGAUACGGAACAAAAAAGCGAAAAGAUCAUGGACAUGGAGUGUAAAGCGCUGUGGUACCCAGACGCGAAGAGGGACACACAGAUGGAUAGAUUCAGGAUACAGGUCAACAAGGACUACGGGCUUAAUCUGGGGAACUAUCAUGAUUUGUAUCAGUGGUCAGUGGACUAUUAUCCUGAGUUCUGGACACAAGUGUGGAACUACUGUGGAGUGGUGUGCUCUAAACCCUAUGAUGAGGUGGUGGACACCUCCAAGCGAAUCUCAGAUGUUCCUGAAUGGUUCAGAGGAGCACGUCUAAACUACGCUGAAAAUCUCCUCAAACAUGCAGACCAGGAUAAAGUGGCUCUGUACGCUGCUACUGAGAAAAAUGAAGAAAUAGUGAAGGUGACAUUUGGGGAGCUGAGACGUGACGUGGCGGUGUUUGCAGCAGCGAUGAGAAAGAUGGGCAUCCAGACAGGAGACAGAGUUGUGGGCUACCUUCCCAAUGGUAUCCAUGCUGUAGAGGCCAUGUUAGCAGCCGCUAGCAUCGGGGCCAUUUGGAGCUCCACCUCAGUCGACUUUGGUGUCAAUGGGGUCCUUGAUAGGUUUUCACAAAUCCAACCCAAACUGAUUUUUUCUGUCGCUGCUGUGGUUUAUAAUGGAAAAACACAUGACCAUAUGGAAAAGUUGAUCAGUGUAGUUAAAGGCUUACCUGACCUGAAAAAAGUUGUGGUUAUUCCCUAUGCACGGUCAAAACAGGAAACAGAUCUCUCAAAGAUUCCCAACAGUGUAUUUAUUGAAGACUUCUUGGCAACGGGACACGGAGAAGCUGGCCAAUUUCCACAGUUAGAGUUUGAACAACUUCCCUUCAGUCACCCACUCUUCAUUAUGUAUUCCUCUGGCACUACAGGAGCUCCAAAAUGUAUGGUCCACUCUGCGGGGGGCACUCUCAUCCAACACUUGAAGGAGCACGUUCUCCAUGGUAACAUGACCAGCAGUGACGUCAUCAUCUACUACACCACGACGGGCUGGAUGAUGUGGAACUGGCUGGUGUCUGCUCUGGCAAUUGGAGCCUCAGUGGUUUUAUACGACGGUUCACCUCUCAUGCCCACGCCCAAUGUUCUGUGGGACCUCACCGACCGGCUGGGUAUCACUAUUUUUGGGACCGGGGCUAAGUGGCUGUCAGUGCUGCAGGAGAGGGACUUGAAACCCAUGGAGACUCACAGCCUCCAGUCACUCCAUACCAUCCUGUCCACGGGUUCUCCUCUCAAGCCUCAGAGUUACGACUAUGUGUUUGAAUGCAUAAAACGCAACGUUUUGCUGGGUUCAAUCUCAGGUGGUACUGAUAUAGUGUCCUGCUUCAUGGGGCAGAACCCAACAGUUCCUGUAUACCGCGGAGAGAUCCAAACCAGGAACCUGGGCAUGGCUGUGGAGGCCUGGGGCUUUGAUGGUAAGCCUGUAUGGGGAGAGAGCGGUGAACUAGUCUGUCUGAAGCCUAUCCCUUGUCAACCAACUCACUUUUGGAAUGAUGAGAACUGGAGCAAAUAUCACAAGGCAUACUUUUCAACUUUUCCAGGGAUAUGGGCCCAUGGUGACUACCUUAAAAUAAACCCAAAGACAGGAGGCAUUGUCAUGUUAGGAAGAAGCGAUGGGACACUGAACCCCAAUGGAGUCCGUUUUGGAAGCUCAGAGAUCUACAAUAUUGUGGAAGCUUUUGAGGAAGUAUCGGACAGCCUGUGCGUGCCUCAGUACAACGCAGACGGAGAGGAGAGAGUGAUUCUGUUCUUAAAGAUGGCACCAGGGAGACCCUUCAGUGCAGAGCUGGUGUCAAAGAUUAGAGGAGCUAUUAGGAAAGCUCUGUCUGCCCGCCACGUCCCCGCCCUGCUGCUGGAGACCAAAGACAUUCCUUACACCAUCAGCGGGAAGAAGGUGGAAGUGGCAGUAAAACAGGUGAUAGCUGGACGAGAGGUGUCCCAAAGAGGAGCGUUCUCCAACCCAGAUUCACUGGACCUUUACAAGAACAUUCCUGAGCUGCAGAACUUCUAAAGCUUUUUAGAUUAGGGAAAUAUUUCAAUGAAUUAUGGAUGUGUCAGUUAAAAAAUAUUGGCUGGCUCCAGUGCGUUUGAAUCGGGCCAUGCAUAUCAAGAGUCUUAAAUCUCAUAUUAAUUUUGGCCUCAAAAUAACACUUAAAAGUAAUUUAAUACUGCAUCAUACUUAAAAUGUAAGUCUGUUGAAUAUAUUGUCCCAUAAAAAUUAAAAGAAUAAUUUCGUCAUAUAUGAUAUCAUAUAUAUAGAAAAAUGUAUAUAUAUGUUGAUGCAAGACCAAAAGUCUAAUAUGUAAAUAGGGGAAAUUGCUGUGACUUCUGACAAAGUAACCCUUCUCUUGUACAGGUCAAUUAACUUAAAUAAUAAGGUAAUUUAUUACAACUUAAAGACAAUGGUCGUGCGUACAUGCACACUCAAAAUCUCAUUAUUAUCAGAAGUUUGAUAAAAUUAUUAAAAUGACAUAAGCGGUGAAAUCUGCUGUGAGUAAUCUGAUUUCUCUCUGAUCAUGGUUCUGCAGAUUGCUCACAUCAGAUUUUGCAGUUUGCAUGUAAUUUAAAUAAUCUGUAAGGUCCAUAAAUCAGAUAAUAAUCAAAUUUGAGUGUGCAUAUAGCCAACGAUAAACACUAUUGUAACUGAAAUACGACUGUUGCUGCUUCAGUUCUUUUUGUGACUGAGUAAACUGAAGGGCAGUGGCACUUGUUCUCUGCUUUGAAACUGUGGAUAAUAGAGAGGAUUUUCCCAUCAUGCUUUGCUUUGGCCUCUCUAUGCAGGUCUCUGUGUCACUGGUACUGUAGCUCCCAGACUUGAAAACCAAGAACUGUGCAAACAGGUGUAAUGAUUAUCUUUGUCUCAUAUUGCCAUAUCAUUUUCUAUGUGAUGUGUGCUGCUUUUUCAACGUUCGUGUACUGGUAAAUAUACUGUAUAUUUUUAACUGUGUAUGGCAUUGAUAUUAUAUAUGCAAGUGCAGAUAGUGGCCUGUAUGUGAACGCUAAAUGCACAGAUGCUUUGUGACGUUGGAACUUCCAGUUUGGUUAAAUUAACCACAGAAACACUUACUGAAAAUUGUAUCUUAAACUGAAAAGUUAUGUACUAACAUUUAUUUUUGUAAGGCAAGCUUCACUAACCUUUUCAUGAGGUUUUUGUAAACUAUUAAAUUACUUGUUAUAGCAAACUAAUAAGAAGUAAAAGGCUUACAAUAAUAAAAUCGUUUUUCCAUAGAUUCUUUUAAAAAUGCUAUAAAACAAAACAUUCCCUUCUAAACUGACAAAGAUGUGUGCUACAGGUUGGAAAGGGAUCAUAAUAAUGAACUUGCACUUUAAUGUGUUACAUGGUACAGUGUUUUCAUGUGGCUACUAGAUCUAAGUUGCAUAUUUUACUAAUAAAUAAUUUUAUAAUUGAAA